AUGCUUCUGGCUAGCAAAUAUGAAGAGGUGUCAGUUCCGGUUGUUGAAGAUCUGGUACUGGUAUCUGAUAGGGCUUAUAGUAGGCAAGAAGUUAUUAAUAUGAUAUUUGUAUCAACAUCUUGCUAUCUUUUUCUUCUGUUCCCACCUUGUCUAUUAGCAGCAGCAUCAGUAUUCAGUGCUAUGUGCACUAUGAGUGGGUGCAAGCAUUGUAAGAAGACCUGUGCGUGGCACACUGGUUAUUCUCAAGAUCGGUUAAUGGACUGUUCAAGACUGAUGAUUACUUUCCAUUUGAACGCUGCAUCAGCAAAGCUCACUGGUGUACUGUCCAUCGGAAGUACAACACUUCUAGAUAUGGCUACACAGCAAAAUGCGAACAAACUAUCUUUCUCUUAG